CACAUCUUGGCAGCACACACCAACACAGUUCUGCCUGCAUAUAAACACAGAAAGAAUGCAGACAGCAGAGGAACGCUGCACAGUUAAAGCUGGUCUCUGAAAGCGACACAACACAAAAAUGAUACUGUUGUUGAGAGCUUUGUUGAUGCUGGGCCUGGCCGCACUGAUGCACGCCACCAGAAAAGGUCAGACCAUCUCGGUAAAGUUGGGGAAUGGAACUGGACUGAAGGGAAAGACUGUAAGACUGUUCCUGGAUCCCUCAAUUCAGUCUCAGAUUGCGAGAACGUCAGCCUCAUCCAUCGCCAACAUGUCUCUGUCGCCGUGGACGUACAGCGAUACUUAUGUGGCAUCUCGGUUGCCCAGGAGAAUCUCUCAGGCUCAGUGCCUGACCACUGGCUGUCUGAGCCUGCAGGGAGGAGGUGAGGAUGCCUCCCUGGAGGCUAAACCUAUCUACUACCAGGUGCUGGUCCUCCACAGAGUUCCAAGGCGAAGAACCAAAGGGGGGAGGAAAGCAAAGAGGUACGACCUCAGACUGGGGAUGGAGGUGAUCUCAGUGGGCUGUACCUGUGUGAGGCCCAGUGUCAUACCACAGCAGUAACACACAGGAGACCUCUGACCUUAGCACUUCUUUCCGCAUCCUGCAAAUGUUGUUUUCACCAUUUUCUAACUUAAACCUGGUAAUAUUUAUAACUGGUUCAAAUGCCUAUCGAAUGUGAAAGACUAUAUUGAUUUAUACCUGCCUUUGCUAUGUUAGCUGUUAGCUUGCCAGCUGCAGUAGUUACCAACAAGCCACGUGUGUUGUUCCUGUGUCACAAAGCCUUUAACACCAUGUAUUUCAUGAUAUGCAAAUGGAUAUUGCUGUGCUGGUUACCACAGUGUGGCCAGGCUUUUAACAUGUUGGCGACUUAAUGCACUGACAGUAUCAAAGAACUGCAAAGAGCCGCGUUUCUCUCUGUCCCCUAAUGGUAAAAAAUUGCUUUAUGCAGCUUGAAUCCAGCAGACAACUGAGUCUUGAAAGAAGUGUUGCUGAAAUAUAUAUUUGUGCUUGCUAAUAUGUGGUAAUAUACAUUUUUGUGGGUGUGCAUAAUUUUUAUAUUCAUAUUUUAUUUCUCUGAUGUUUCAUGGCUGUUUUAAUUUACAUUUUAUCGUUCUUAUUUUAUUGUAAACAAUAUCAAAAGGUUUUAUUAAAGUUUUUUUUA